CCACCACUGCUUUGAGAGAACUCUCGGCCCUCCCACUUGUGUGUGCGCACGUGCGUGUGUGUCUUUUCUUGGAAGCUGCCAGCACACAAAAAAAGCUCAGGGGCAGCUCUAAGGUUUUUUUUUCUCUUUCUCUCUCCUCCCCAAUCUUUUUUUUUCUCUCCCUCUCUUCCUUCUGGGGAGCAGAGCAAUAGACACCAAAGAGGGCCUCUCUCCGCCUGCCGGACACAGGAAUCUGUUCAGAAACUGGGACACAGCGUCGGAUUUAAAGUAGGACAUGCUGGUCCACGAGGCUGCACUUGUCCUUGCCCUCGUCGUGUUGCUGCCCGCUCGUUCGUUUGGGCUGGCUCCAGACGAAUCGGAGGAGGGAGCAGCCGAGGAGAGCGCCGGGGCAGACGGGGAGAGCUGCACGCAAUGCUGCCCCGGAGAGCAUCGCGACGCCUAUGGCAGCCCCUGGCACUCGCCCACUCCGAUUGUCAGCCCACAGAGCCGCGAUCUGCUCCAAGGGGAUAAAGGAGAAGUGGGCGAGCGAGGCAGGCAAGGACUGGCUGGCAAGGAGGGCAAUGCAGGACCGAUAGGUCCAGCUGGUGGAAAGGGAGACCAGGGCUUGAAGGGAUCGUCAGGCCAGUCGGCCAAGAACCCCUUCUCCGCAUUCUCCGUUGGGCGACGCAAAGCAAUGCACAGCGAUGACGGAGGGCAGAAUCUGAUCUUCGACCUCGUGUUCGUCAACAAAGCUAGCAAGAGCAGCAAGGGGGACUUUGACAUGUUCCGCGGUCGCUUCCGCUGCUCGGUGCCCGGCAUCUACACUUUCAACCUCAACGUGCACACGUGGAACCUCAAGGAGACCUACCUGCACCUCAUGAAGAACGAGGAUGAGAAGGCCAUCCUUUACGCGCAGUCGGCAGACCGCAGCAUCAUGCAGAGCCAGAGCAUCAUGCUGGAGCUGCACGCCAAGGAUGAAGUGUGGGUGCGUCUGUACAAAAAGGACCGGGAAAACGCCAUUUUCAGCGACAAUGAGGAUGUGCACAUUAUCUUUAAUGGCCACCUCGUUAUUCCAACUGAUGCAGAAAUCUAGGCCAAUGUGUCAUCCUGUACAGACUGUUUAUGUUCUGAAAAACAUCUUAAAAAGAGCUUUGGUGGGUUCAGUGUUCGAGAAUUUCUUAAUAUUUUUGACUAUUGUUAGACACAUCUUAAGUUGUUGAUGCUCAUCUCUGAAUUUUGCUCAUAUUCAACUAAAAAAUGUGUUAUUUAAAGUGAAGUCCCAAUUCUUGUUUAACAUCAGAGCUUUACUACAUACACAAAUGUAUUUGUAAUGUGUUAAAACAACCCGAAUAUACAUUGGGGGGGGAUUUUGUUUUAAUGAAAUGUUUCAAACGUUAGAUAGAAAUAAGCAGACUCCUGAAAUUAUCAGAAGGUGGCAGCAAAUCCUGGGUUAGUUGUCAAUGACAAGUUGAUAAAACGUUGAAGGAACACAUUUUUUUCUGUAUCCUUGGGUCUUUCGGUAAAGUCACGAAGAUAGGUUCAACUAAAAUUAAAAAAAAUAACACAUUUUAUUUUCUUUGAACCUAUCUACGUGACUUUACCGAAAGACCCAAGAAUAUGAAUUCCUGCAAUCACGAAAGCUUCAAGUCAAGAUUUUAAAUUAAAUUGCACAAAACCUACAGCAGAUGGCAGAGUAGAGGCGAGUUGAGACGGCGAGAUGUCAAUGCGUCCUACAGACUCAGACAAGUAACGUUGACCAAUUCACAUUUUGUUUAUUCUAGUUACAGUAUAAUUUCAGUGUCAAUGUAUGUAAUCAGAACUGUUUUUUUUAAAAUGUACAUUGGAAUAUUUCACAAAUCUAAGAAUAAAAUGUGAUCAUGGAAACAAUGAA